AUGAUGUUAGAAGAAAAAGUUGAGGAGGACAUGGAAGAGCUGGUUUCCAGGCCCGUGGAUAAUAGUGAGAGAAAUUUUGACUUUGUGGAGCUGCUGGAUGGAAGGAGGCUGCUGCUCCCAGGAGGCACGGAGCCUGGAGGGACCCCAGCGCCAGUCUCGGGGGGUCGUUCCCCUUCUAGCCACGAGACAGGCUUCAUCCAGUAUUUGGAUUCAGGAAUCUGGCACCUGGCCUUUUAUAAUGACGGGAAGGAGUCCGAAGUGGUUUCUUUUCUCACCACUGCCAUUGAAUCGGUGGAUAACUGCCCCAGCAACUGCUUCGGUAACGGAGACUGCAUCUCGGGGACCUGCCACUGCUUCCUGGGCUUCCUGGGCCCCGACUGCGGCAGAGCCUCCUGCCCCGUGCUCUGUAGUGGGAAUGGCCAGUACAUGAAGGGCCGGUGCCUGUGCCACAGCGGCUGGAAGGGCGCUGAGUGCGACGUGCCCACCAACCAGUGCAUCGACGUGGCCUGCAGCAACCAUGGCACCUGCAUCAUGGGCACCUGCAUCUGCAACCCUGGCUACAAGGGCGAGAGCUGCGAGGAAGGUAAGACUGAUGGGCAGGCCGCACCAGCACUGGUUCUGAGAUAAUGACCAGCGUGCAGGGCCAAGAGGACGUGCGGGAACAGAGGGGGCCUCCUGAGUGACCCUGUGACCUCCAUCCCUGAGCCAAGAAGCCUUUAGCAACAGUCGUUAAUCAAAAGGAUGAGGACAAGCCAAUGUCCUGCUCAGUGAAAAGAGGAGUGGUGUCAUGUUUUCAGCACUUGCUGUGCUAGAAGUCUUGUAUCAGGUCACUUCAACCCCAGUAGGAACAGGUAAUCCUCUCAGGCAAUCAGGUGACUUGCCCAGGGUCACAUAGCGGUACACAGCAGAGGUGAGUUUCAGCCCAUCUUUCUGGCUCCAUAGUCCCAGUUCUUUCUAUACUCCUUUUAAGCUUAUCUGAUCUCCUGAUCUCUGCAGCAGAAGACUAUUAUAGACCUCAAGACUCCGUCCUCUAUUAUCCUGCUCUUGCAGGUGGCCAACCACAUGUGCUUGCACACACUUGUGUGUGUGUUCAUGUUUGUGGCUCUUCAGUGCCCAUCUUUCCUUCAUAAAGUAAAUUCAUGCCUGUGGAGAUUGAGGCUAGAAGGUUAACUGAUGAUUUAACAGCAGCAUCAGUUCUUUCUUAGAAAAUCUAACCAGGUGAUAUAAGUAAAUGUUUCUAUUUCGCGAGUGAAUACUGACAUACCUUUGAUCACAGAGCUAACCCAUGCAGGCUAUGAUUCACCCACGUCUUCUCCCUCCAGACCCUUGUUUUCUCCCCUUGAUUGCAUGGGAUUUCCAAAGGAGAGGGGUCUUACCCACCAGCAGUGUAGUGUAGUUUUUAUGAAUACACACUUGGGAAUCAGAAUCAGGUUGGAGUCCUGGCUUUGCCAUUAACUAGCUUCAGUUCUCUCAUCUACAAAACGGGAAUACCUUCCUCAGAGGGCCAUGGUAAGGAUCAAAUUAAAUGACCCAGUGCCUGACACAGAGUAAAUGCCCCAUAAAUGUUAGCACUUACAUUGUUAAUUUUAUUCUGGAGACAAUUGAAGCACAUUUCCUAUUUCACGCCACUCACUGAAGUUUUGGAAAUGGAUGGAUUUGCCCCUGAAACUGAUGAACACUGCCUGU